AUGGCAGAGAGAAUGAAAGCCGUAUUGCAUGGAGAUACCAUGACAAAAUGUCCUUCUAAUGCCAAGAUAGUUCGAAUAUUUACCAGUUCAACAUUCACAGGUGGGUAGAAAUGAAUACCAUUGAAGUAACUUUAUUUAUACGAGAUUGCUCUAACUGCAGCUAUAGAGGUGCGAUGGCAGCCAGGCUAUUCAUUAUUAACAAAUUUGCGAGAUUUGUCUAAAAUUUAUCUCUUGAUGAGAUUGAGCCGGCUCUGAUGUGGAAGAAGUGAAAUUUAUAGCGCUUGGCACAGGGAGGCAAUAUGCUGGCAACCGCUCUCCCAAUAUCUCGCCAAGUUUCCUGUGCUGGUGUAAACCAAUCUUAAUUAAUCAAAAUUGUACUAAUAAGGACAAAAGAACACUUGCAACAAUAACUGUCUCUAUUAAUUUGUUACUCAAGCAUGAACAUUUUUGAGCUGCAACAAUUUUGUUGCUCGUAUUACCUCAUCGUAAACUGAACUUAACUGAUUUCUUCUCUAGACACAAAACACGAACGCAAUGCACUAAUGACACGUGUUUACCCUCAGUUAAAACAGUUUUGUAAGAGCAAAGGAUAUGAAUUUCAAGUAGUUGAUAUGAGAUGGUGA